AUUUCGAUGAUUGCUUGUUUGUAAAUUGUGGGGCAUUUUAAUAACUGAAAUAAACACGUUGACGCACCCAGUCUUGUCUUGUGAAACAUUUUUCUUGUCAGACAUCUAUGAAGACAUCAAUGAAUACAAUUUGGGAACGUACUGUUUUCUAGUGGAACAAGACGUUGAAACGUUGAUGAAGUAAAGUUAACGAUACCAAACAUCAACCCACAAUAACUUGCAUCAAAGAGGACGAGAAGACGAAUCAGUCAGCAGAAUGAAGCUGUUAGCGAUUACUGUCCUUUAUAAAGGUCAUCCCAAAGUCGUCACUCUAUCAAGUGCCUAUAAUUUAUCAUCAUUUGGCUACUUCCAAAAGGGCAGUGUACAAGAGUAUAUGAAGUUCACAUCACGCAUUGUUGUUGAAAGAAGUACGCCUGGCUUGAGAGCAACAGUAAAAGAACAAGAGUACAGUUGUCACACAUACGUCCGAAGCGAUUCUUUAUCGGGGGUCGUCAUAGCAGAUCAUGAAUAUCCCUCAAGAGUAGCUUUUACAUUAUUAAACAAGGUUUUAGAUGAAUUUUCAACUGAAAACUCUGCCAGGUCGUGGCCAACCUUGGCCGAGAAUUCUGUGACGUUCAAACAACUUGAUGCAUACCUCGCAAAGUACCAGGAUCCAGCACAGGCAGACCCUAUGAUGAGGCUACAGAGCGAUUUAGAUGAAACCAAGAUUAUAAUGCACAAUACAAUCGACGCAAUGUUACAGCGAGGAGAAAAAUUGGACGACCUUGUUGCCAAAUCGAACGACCUCAGUUUACAAUCAAAGACAUUCUACAAAACUGCCAAGAAGACGAACUCUUGUUGUGUUAUCCAAUAGAAGCCGCCCUUUGGUGUCCAAUUAACGGCUAAGCAGAUUUUUGAUGCUAAGCAAAUUUUGUCAUGUUUAGCAAAUGAGGAUAAGCUAAUUAGCCAGAUGAAAUACAUUAAUGUGCUUGUUUGGUUUAACAAUAUUUGUAUCACCAAAGGAGAUAUACUUGAUUUCAAAGUGACCAGAGAAAAUUUUACAAGCCUAUCCAGCAUAAUUUGUGCUGUAUAGUUGGCAUCUAAUUGAAACAUACUUUACAGUUGAAGUCAGUGUUUGAUUGUAGGACCCUACAUGGAUCACUGGCCCCCGUCUGCAAAACAUUCACUGCGAAAACAGCCCUGAGACAUCAUAAUUCGCUUCGCAUUCGUAGGAAGUAUGAACCGGGCUUUAUUCAAGUGCUAACACUUGUCUGAGUGUAGCACUCGUGUAGGUUAUACAAAAUAUAAUUGCAAUAUGUAUUCUUGUGAUUGGCACCUUUGAAUGUGCAUGCAGUCUGGCAGCAAUUUGCACCACACCUGAAGGGCAAAAUUUCAUUGUUGUUUUGGCUGGUGGUUGCCUAACUCAGUCGUUGCUUAGCAAAGACAUUUGUCAACCAGUAUUUUCUGCUAAACAGCUUUAUGAAAUUGGGCCCAGCUAUUGCUCUUUUCCGAUGCCACACAGGUCAACCUUGAAGCCCUGUUGUAAUGACUUCAAUUAAAAGUAAUUAACAAUCCACGCCCAUUAAUGGCAGUGGACACUAUUGGUAAUUGUCAAAGACUAGCCUUCACAGUUGGUGUAUCUCAACAUACGCAUAAA